UGCACGUGCCCUAUAGCAAAUAAAGGUAUCUCUCAGAGCCGUGGAUCAGAAUAAUGACCAAGGAAGAGACUCUUUGCAGAACAUCUGGCUGUGUAAACGGGGCACUGCCUGCAGAGCAGGUCCUGCCAGCCUCGCUGGAGAGGAUGCCCCCGUGUCCGUGAUGGGCUGUGGGACAAGCAAGGUCCUUCCCGAGCCGCCCAAGGAUGUCCAGCUGGAUCUGGUCAAGAAGGUAGAGCCCUUCAGUGGCACUAAGAAUGAUGUGUAUAAGCACUUCAUCACAGAGGUGGACAGUGUUGGCCUUCUCAAAGCCGGGUUCCCAGCAGCCAGUCAGUAUGCACAUCCCUGCUCUGGUACCCCCAAUACUGGUCACACAGAGCCUCCCACAGAACCACCACGCAAGGCCAGAGUGACUAAAUACAGGGCCAAAUUCGAUCCACGUGUAACAGCUAAGUACGAUAUCAAAGCCCUGAUUGGUCGAGGCAGCUUCAGCCGAGUGGUACGAGUAGAGCACCGUGCAACUCGGCAGCCAUAUGCCAUCAAGAUGAUUGAGACCAAGUACCGCGAGGGGCGGGAGGUGUGUGAGUCAGAGCUGCGUGUGCUGCGACGGGUGCGCCACGCCAACAUCAUCCAGCUGGUGGAAGUGUUUGAGACGCAGGAGCGUGUAUACAUGGUGAUGGAGCUGGCCACUGGUGGAGAGCUCUUUGACCGCAUCAUCGCCAAGGGCUCCUUCACUGAGCGGGAUGCCACCAGGGUGCUGCAGAUGGUGCUGGAUGGCGUCCGGUAUCUGCACGCACUGGGCAUCACGCACCGAGACCUUAAGCCUGAGAAUCUGCUCUACUACCACCCAGGCACUGACUCCAAGAUCAUCAUCACCGACUUUGGCCUGGCCAGUGCUCGCAAGAAGGGUGAUGAUUGCCUGAUGAAGACCACCUGUGGCACGCCCGAGUACAUUGCCCCCGAGGUCCUGGUCCGCAAGCCCUACACCAACUCAGUGGACAUGUGGGCGCUGGGCGUCAUUGCCUACAUCCUGCUCAGUGGCACCAUGCCCUUUGAGGAUGACAACCGCACCCGGCUGUACCGGCAGAUCCUCAGGGGCAAGUACAGUUACUCGGGGGAGCCCUGGCCCAGCGUGUCCAACCUGGCCAAAGACUUCAUUGACCGCCUGCUGACAGUGGACCCUGGAGCCCGAAUGACAGCGCUGCAGGCCCUGAGACACCCGUGGGUGGUGAGCAUGGCAGCCUCUUCGUCCAUGAAGAAUCUGCACCGCUCCAUCUCCCAGAACCUCCUCAAACGUGCCUCGUCGCGCUGCCAGAGCACCAAAUCUGCCCAGUCCACACGCUCCAGCCGCUCCACGCGUUCCAACAAGUCACGCCGUGUGCGGGAGCGUGAGCUGCGGGAGCUCAACCUGCGCUACCAGCAGCAGUACAAUGGCUGAGCCACCUAGCUGUGGUACAGACAAGCAUGGCUCAAUCUGGCUACCCGUUCUGUGCCAUCUGGGCCCAGUCCUCUCUGGAGAGAGGUCUGUAUGGCCAGAAGCAAGAGAAUGUCCGGCCUCAGCCCCUUCUCUGUGCCAUCAGCAGCCCCAUCCUCCUCAUGGGCUUGGGCAUGUGUGACAGAGUAGAGGUGACCUGGAGACUAUGACCACCCCCAACACUGGGAGCCUGGCCUGGCACUGAUACCCCUUAUGUGGGCAGCUGCUCUGGUUGGAGUUGGGACCAGACCUAGAAGGGACCGGACCUGGCUUUUGCUCUUUUUUACCUUUUGGCUUUUCCCCAGAACAAAGGAGUCUGCAGUGCUAGGUGGAGGGAGUCCUGUGGCUCCAGGACCCCUUGAGACAGUUACUUCUAGAACCCUCCUCCCUCCACAGAGCCCUAUUCCCUGGUGCUGCACAUUCCACAGCAUCCUGACCAAGAUUUUGCUCCAGUUGGGAGGCCCAGCUUUGUACCUGCUUGGGCCUCCCAGAGGGACAGUCUUGAUCCUUAGUUCCUGGCCAAAUACAGAUAGCCCUCUGCCUCCUAGCCAAGAUCUGUCUUCCAUCAUGGUGACCCUGGGGGCCCUGUUGGUCCCGGGGUUCACAGAGCCUCCAUGGUAGCCCCGUAGUGUUCAGGUCUGUGUGGCUCUGCUGGCCCCGGGCUCCAGCCUCUCUGACUGUGAGAGGGGUUCCCACCCACAGCCCGCUGCCCUUGGUGCCUUCUUCGCAGAGUCCCUCAUUACCUCCCUCUCCCCUUGGAUGCCCAUUCCAUUCCCCGGGUGCCUCCUUCCCCUGUGGGGGAUUAAAGGAGCCCCACUGCUGCUACCUGGGGGAUGGUGGCACCUGGGCCAAGGCCGAGAGCAGGGGAUUCCCCCACUAGAAUGCCAACGUUAGCCCUGGCUCCACCCUUUGUGCUGCCCGUUGCUUCUUCACUCCUCUGCAGCUGCAUGAAGGUGCCACCUAGUGGCUAGCAUGGAUAUAGGUGGCCCCAAAAUGAACACUGCUCACCCUUAGUGCUCCAAGAGGAAGUGGAAGGAAGGAAUUGCACUAGGGGAGAGGCCCAGGCAGCUGGGCUCUCUUAGCUUCUAUGCACCUCUCCCUGGAACUUAGCCACACUGUGUGAUCUGCCUCUGAAUCCUGGCUGCGAGGGCACUGGCCAGCUCCCAGCUGGCCUUGCCCCUCCACCCAGUGCCUGCUUCCUCUCUCAGCAUUCUCCCAGUCUGGGUCCACUGUCUCAGGCUAGAGGGAGCCCCUGCAGAUGGUAGAUGGAGUCAGGUGGCUGCUUUUCCAGAGACCUGAGCCAGAACUGUCCCCGUGUCUGUCAUGGUCCUUACCCACCACAAUCCAGGCUGGAACCCCUCCCUCCACAGCUGCUUUCAGUGGAUAGGUAGGGGCCAGGGCCCAGCUUUGACCUUAGCUAUACUCCAUGGCCCCUGCCCCAGGAGGGUUUGGCCCCCACUCAGCCUCCUUCCAGUGGGCAACUUUGGGGCAGGCCCCCUUUUCUGCAUGUGCCACCUCCAGUGGAAAUCAGACCAAAGUGACCACUCUGUGCCAAGUCGACUGUGCCUUAUACACCCCUUUCCUUCCAUCUCCACUGCCCUCUGGCCAGGAGGCAGUGGGAAGCUUGAGCCCCAAGGCCUCAGAACUUCUCUCAGCUCCCCGAGUGUCUCUAGGGGCCUGGGCCCUGGGGAUUUAUUUCUUCUCUUGCCCAGGUUAGGCCUGGUCUUAAGGGUAGGAUUGGGGAGUUGGAGACUUGGGCAUUUGAUUGGCCCACCUGGGCCUUCACGCCAUGGACUGUGGAUGGAGAAUGUGCAGUUAUUUAUUUUGUGUAUUCAGUUUGUAAAUGUACCCGCUGUAUUCAAUAAACAGGCUGCCCUCCCUA